AUGGAACAGACUCCUGCAAACACUUUCCCACCACAAACAUUGGUAAUCCUCAAAAACACACCCGCAUUAACUGCUGGAUUACCCAUUUUCACCUUUAUACUAUGUUUCUUGAAGAAUACAUUGGGAUUUGAAUUCUCCAGUUUGAUACUUUAUCCGAGAUCACCAUUGGAGUUCAAUUUAAAUGCGCUAUCGUUCUACUCAAUGAUCCAUGUCGGAUAUUUGCAUUGGUUUUUGAAUAUAUGCGCAAUUUACACUCCAUUGUCCAUUUAUGAGAAACGUCAUGGUACUGUAUACACGGGGAUCACUUUAAAUCUUUUAACCGUUAUUGCUGCUUUACAGUAUUGUAUUGUGGGACUGUUUUUGUAUCCUGAGACUGGUGUAGUUGGAUUGUCGGGGAUUGCAUUCUCAUUUCUUGCGUACAUGGCAUACAAGGAACAUCAGUAUAAGCCUGUGUUGGAGACGUUCAAUAUUGCAUCACGCGAGAUCAAGAUUUAUACACUUGCUACCCCGUUUAUUGCUGCCGUUGCAUGUUUGAUUGUGUUUCCUGCAAGCUCUUUACCUGGCCAUUUAGCUGGCAUUUCAACUGGAUUUCUUUUAGCUAAAGGGUACAUUGCCAAGUUGUUUCCUCCAUCAAGUGUAAUUUUGAAAAUCGAGUCAUUUGUUGCACCUGGUAUUGCAUUUAUUGGGCAGAUUGUUUCUUAUUACAAAGAAGAAGAUGCUGUAAAUGGUAGGGGUGUGCAAUAUGAGCCAUUGUUUGGCCAAGUGGAUGCAGAAGCUUCAUCUGCUACGACUUCCAUCGCCCAACCACAGCCUACACGUAGCUCGUCAUAUAUUCGGGAGACACACGUAUUGGGGAGCUAG